AUUUGCCGGCCUUGGAAGGCUUCAGUAGUGGUAAAGCAGUGGUGGAACCAAGGUUCAUGAUCCUUUAAUCCAUCCUGUAUUUUAUUUUUCCUUCUUCUUUCAUUCUUUUUUUUUAUUUCUUUUCUGCUAUUUCGAAUCAACCACGAUGUCAGAACACAUCCUAAGCAACAGACUGAAUUUUACCACCCGUCGAUUUGGUGCAUUCAAAGACAUCGUGAAAUAACAAAAUAAUAACAAUUUGUGGGAAAAAAAAGAAGCUUCAAAUUCUCGUCACAACAUUAAAAUAUUUCUUUUCUUUAUAUUGUCAUCAUGACGAGAUUUAUUAUUGUGCUUUUUUAUCUGAUUGUUGUGCCAAUUUUAUCCGUGACAUGUAGAACUCAAAAAACUGAACUUGACACACAAGAAAAUAUUCGUACAUGGCAAAAUAUUCGGGCAUUCUUUUCCAAAAUUAAUACUCUUCCAGGGAGAAGCGAAAAAAUACUUGAAAAUGCACGGAAUUCACGACGGCUACAGGAUCGAGUUCCAGAUUAUGUACCAUUUCCAUGUGACGUGAAAGGCGGACGAUCUUCGGUUGUACCGAAUAGUGUUCAUAAAUUAAGACCCGGUGAUAUUGACCUUAUUGGAUCGUUGGGAGAUUCAUUAACAGCAGGAUUUGGUAUUUUCGCAACAAAAGUUGUGGAAUUACUCACCGAAAAUCGUGGAGUGAGUGCCACUGGAGGAGGACAAGGAUCCUGGCGUGAAUACCUGACGAUUCCUAAUAUCCUUAAGGAAUUUAAUCCGAAUUUAAUAGGAUACGCUGUCUCGGAUUCUUUAUCAUUUCAAAGUGGAUCGAAAUUUAAUAUAGCGGAAUCUGGAGCUAUAUCCGGUGAUAUGCCCUUUAUGACGGAACAAUUAAUUCGGAGGAUAAAGAACGAUUCAAGAGUUGAUAUUGAAAAACACUGGAAGUUAAUAUCUCUGAUGAUUGGAGCAAAUGAUUUCUGCGCUGAAAUGUGUUAUGUGCCAUCACCAUGGUCAAUAGUGAAGAAUCAUCGUGAGGAUCUUUUGGAAACUUUGAGAAUUAUUCGGGACAAUCUGCCCAGAACACUUGUCAAUAUCAUUCCACCUCCACAUUUAAAAACACUAUUUGAUAUCAAAAAUAAACCACCAAUUUGCGAAAUAACAAAUAGCUUCUCUUGUCCUUGUAUUUUUGGUUUGAGAUGGAGAAAUCAACACGAUGUUUUUUAUAAAAUAAUGACAAGAUUUCAAAAUAUUGAAGAGGAAAUUGCACAAUACACUGAAUUCCAAAGAAAUGAUUUUGCUGUAAUUGUUCAACCAUUCACGACUAAUUUAUCAUUUCCAAUCGGAAAGGACGGCAAUUUUGAUCUUAGCUAUUUAUCAGCUGAUUGCUUUCAUAUCAGUCAAAAGGCAAAUGCCAGAUGCGCAAAUGCAAUAUGGAAUAAUUUUUUUCUUCCGCCUGACGAAAAAAUACGUGAUUGGGAUGAUCUUUUUAAAAAUUUUGCAUGUCCAAAUGCAAAAAGACCGUUUAUAGCAACAUGGAGAAAUAGUCAAAGAAAUUAUUAUUAAAUUAUUUAAUACGUCGUGAAUUUUCUUUUUAGUGACAAUCAAAAGAAACCAUUUCAUGUAAAUAUACUCAUUCAUCUCACUUAAUUCAUAUUUUACUUAGAGAGUGUAAUUUAAUUCAUUACAUCUAGAAAAAAUAUAUAUUUGACUCAAAGUCUGCUAAACUUUUUAUUUGUUU